AUGGCUAAAGUUAAGAAUGCUUUCACCAUGGUGAAGUUGAUUUCAGGUGCCAAAACUGGUUACGAAAAGUGGUUUCAAAUACCCAGAAAAACUGGAAAACUUAAUUUAAUUUUAUAUGAUCCUCGUGCCAAAAGACAUUGCUUAUUCACUGAAAGUAAAAAGAGAAGAAUUCAAGAACCUCCUCCAAAAGAUUAUUUUAGGAGACAUCGUGUAUGA